UAAGCAGAAAACAAGUUCGAAUCAGAUUCAGAAUCGAGUAGGCUGCUCUCCGCCCCAUAUUUGUCACACACAAAACCCCGAGAGAAAAAAGUAAUAUGAAGGACGCAGGCUCAACAGAGAUCAGCAGCAGUAUGACACAGAAUGGUGACAAGACAGAGGACAUUCAGACUGCCAUCACUGUGGAUGGCUCCGAAUCAAUUGCGAAGACUCUUAAAGAAUUGGAUAUUUAUUCAAGUGUUGAGGAGACCUCAGAGGAGAUACACUCGGUGCAGGAGGAGAAGGAAGAGGAGAAAAAGGAGAAGGAACUUCAGUCUGUUCCAGCAAUCAUUGAACUGAACCCGAGCCCCAAGACAACGUUGGCCAAAUUGGUGCCAUCGUACGAAUCAACGCAGGACAUGUGGUCGACUCACAUAUGGCCUGUGCGGGAAAGCGUAGCCCAUUCGCUAGUGCACUCCAUCGAGAAGAACAAAGCCGCCACCGAUAUGGUGGUGGUGGUGGAUAAUAAGCGAUUCGAGUGCCACCGAAUGCUCUUGGAGGUGAUUAGUAAGUUGUUCCGCGAAAUGGAGCGUACGGAGGAGUACCACAUCUCCACCCAAGUGAUCAGCGCCCAUGACUUUGGUAUCCUCUAUCGCUGGCCCUUCGAGGGGAAGGUCAAGGACUCCAUCGGGCACUCCUCUUUGCUGAAUAUCCUAAAGGCCGCUCAGUUCUUUGGCUGCGAAUAUCUCCUCGCCAAAUGCUGGGAGAUGCUUGAGAUCGUCACAAUGGACAGCUUCACGACCAUGGUGCUCUGCGGUUGCCCUGUCGGCAACGUCUCACUCAAUAGCUGCACCCUCAAUAAGAUUCUGAUGACACGCAUGGGUGAGGGAUUUCUGCAGUUUGUCGCCAGUUCUGAGUUCGUCAACCUCCCGCCGCCGAUAGUGCAAUGUCUGUUUAUGGAUGGUUGUCUGGCGGUUAAUUCCGAAUUGGAGGUUCUGAUGGCGGCCAUCGUUUGGCUAGACUAUAAUUGGCCCCAGCGCGAAAAGUACCUCGGGUUCAUUGUGGAGGGGAUUCGUUUCCAUCAGAUCCCAUUCCAUUUCCUCAUAACCUUUGCAGAGCGAUGGGAUGGUCCACCUGCAUUGCGCGCAGUGGCGCAAUCCGAAGAGUUUAGGAAACUUGAAAGGAAAGCCCUCAUUGAGCUCCAAAAAUUUCCACAGAAAUGUCACGGUCGAACGGGAAAAUCACGCGUUUGGAUAUACGAUCGAAGAGCCGGAUACCACCACAGCCUUAAGUGCGAGAAUGAAAUAUUCUGGUCAUACAAUAUGUUUGCGGAUUACCUGAUCUUCCUACAGACUGCGGGAACAUCUCACUGCUCGCAGCUGCUGCCUUGCGAUGACCCCAGCAUUGUCUGCUGUCCGCCCGAAAUACUGGAUUCAUCCGAAUCCGACUCCGACUCCUAAUUUAGUAUUACUUUUUCGAGCUCUUCCGUCUAGUCCUAUGUAAAUAAAGGUUUAAAAUCCUUGCUAUCCCCUUCUGCGGUAUGUGCUGCGAUCUAUAAGAUCAA